UUGUAUGGGAUUCUUUUUUAAGUAAUACCGGUAAGUAUGACAUCAUUGUCCGAACAACUACGAAGACUUGCUCUUCCAGAUGCUAAGCUUGGAGAAGAAUUAACAAAACGACCUUCGCUAUUGUUUGAUUCCCACAAAGCAGCUACACUCGAUCGAGAGGCCUUUUAUGCUUUGGGUGUAAAUGGUUUUGAAGAGUUAUGUUCAAUUGAUCAAACUUUCUAUGUGGAAUUCUACGAUACCUUAUUCAGUGAAACCUCAAAGAAUACGGAGAGAUCUAUUUUGACAAAAGAUGACAACAAAAAAUUGGAUUCACAGAUCCGAAAUUUUUUAUUGCGAAUUAUGCCUUAUUUUCUUAUGAGACCUGCACAGAAAUGUUUGGAAUGGAUGAUUCAUAGAUUUCGAAUCCAUUACUUCAAUGUUGAUGAUAUUUUGCAAAGUUUCUUACCAUACCAUGAAACGAAAAUGUUUGUUCGACUUGUACAACUUCUGGAUAUUUCCCAUCCGACAAACAAAUGGUGUUGGAUAGCCCCGAUUCAGAAACCUGGUGUUUCCCUGAUGAGAGCUACAAUAUCAAACCAUUGUGUGAAUGAUUCUGCUUUCUUCUAUUUUAUCUGUGACAGUGUUUCAAAGGCAAUAAAGGCGAAUUCGCAGGUCUCUUCUUCGGCCAAUGUCCUUCGACCAAUAAUAAAUUUUUACACUGCCGUUACUCUCGAAACAAUUCAUAAAAUAUCAAAAAUUUCUGAUCAAUUUCUUGCUCAGCUUGUUCCUUUCAUCAUCAAGGGUCUGAAGUCGAAUCUUAUCGAUUAUAAAUCUGCAACGUAUAUGAUAAUAUGCCAAGUUUGCUCGAAAGCUAUCCUGACAGAACAAGUUGCGUCCUCAUUACUGAAAUCGGCUUCUAGGCAUCACACUGGCAAACUCUACGAAGAAUUUUUGACCACUGUUGUUGUAAUUUGUCAAUCACAGGAAAAAUUGGAGGCAUUACCAAAAUUAUGUGUUCAGAAGUUAUGUGAAAUACAUAAUUUGUCUGAAUUGCUUGAAGAAUUUUCCAAAAGAAAGGGAAUUGAAAAAUUCCUCAAAAUAUUCUUCGAAAGUCUGAUUCCUGCAGCAUUUAAUCAGAAGAAUUCAAAUUCUGCUCCUGAUUCAUCAGAAAUUGAUGAAAUCGAAGAAAUUGAUGAAAUCGAAGACCCCGAUGAAGUAUCUACAGAUUUCAGUAAAAUUCUAAUGAAAUUUGUGAAAAAUUUUCCAAUGUCGAAGAAUAUACAGAAAGUAUUUACAAGAUUAUCUGUUGAAGAAUUCAUGAGGCAAGACACUGAAUCUGUUUCUUCUUCUGAAAUAAUAAAACAAAUUCAACGAAAAUAUCCAGAAGAAUUUGACAGUGCUAUUUCUAACUUAUCAAAAAAAUCAUCACCUGGCAAUUUCCCAGAAUGCAUAAACAAAUUCAUCAGUAUAUCUGCAGAAACUGCUAAACACCAGCUUGUUGUUGAUGGGGAAACGUCAUUGAUGUUGGGCUUGUGUUACCCAGAAGCCACUGUUCGAGCUUCUGCAGUUGAAAAUUUGCAGAAUAUGUUGAAAUCUGAAUCAGAAUUGGUCGAAAGUGACUUUGUGAGACAAUCAGUGAAACACAGGCUUGAGAUUGACGAUUCUCCCGUUGUUGUGUUGAAAGUAUUAGAACUUAUUCAUGCACACACAGAAACAUUCUUCUAUGAUCUUGAUACUGCUUCAAGCAUUCUCGUUAAACUUGUUUUGAAAAACAGGAGACUACCAGAAUGGGACAAUGUACUUCUGGCUGCCAUCACUCUUCUCUGUAGUAAACUUUUCGAGUCUUGUUCUGACCAAUGCAAAAGUUAUAUCAAUAUUCUCUUGUAUGAUAUCAUUCUUCGAGAAAUCUGCUUAAAUGAAGAGUCAUCAACGUAUAAUAUUGCUAUCAGAGGAUCGUUUAUGGAAAAAAAUUCGAAACUCUUGUUCCCUAUAACUCCAGGAAUGACAAUUGAUGGUGUUUUAUCCAAAAUGAAAAACGCACUGGAAACUGAUGUUGAAUUGCUAUCUACCACUUGGAACGCAAGUCGAGAAAUUAGUCAUUUCUUACAGGACAAUCCUGACGAAACACGGGCUAAAUUUAAAUUGCCUUCGUAUUUUGUCUUCAGUUAUAUCACUAUUAGCAUGUCUCAACCGCAAAAUCAUGGAGCGCUGAAUACGUGCCAAAAAAUGAUGUUUGAAAUUUUAGAAGAUCUGAAAAGUUUUGUUAUGUCUUUCAAAGAUUCAAAACAAAGUGAAGAACCAAGAAAAAAGAUGCAAAAACGAGACGAAAGUAUUAAAUCGUUCAAUGAAAACUUGUCAAAUCUUGUAGUUGGUUUCUACAAUUGUCAAACACACAACUCAUACACUUUAUGUGAGAUUGAUUUAUUGUGCUCUCUUCUUGUUGAAAUAUUCAAAAUGUUGAAUCGAAUUGGAUCUUGUCAGGAAAAAGGAAGCAAAUUUGACCAAUGGGGGGUUGGUUCAAACAAUGGAUCCUCAAUGGAAAUGGAUAACAACGUUUUUUGUUGGAGUGCAAAGCGUGCGAUUUAUUCCACUCUUUCCGAUCUCAUUUCAGUAGUUGAAUUUGGUGUCUUUGGAAACGUGAACUUGAUUAGUGUGGUGAAAAAUCUGAUGCAAAUUUUCAUCACAGAUGUUUUUUCAAACAGUGACGAUUUUGUGUCGUUUCUCUCCCCUUAUUGGACUGGAUAUUUCAACGGACGAAAAACUGGGGCUGUUGCUCAAAUAUCUGCUCUUUAUAUUGGAAAUAGUAUGUUACGGUCUAAAAUAAAGAAGCAAGUGCUGGAAACUUCUAUACCUAAUCUUUUGGUCUGUUUGUCAAGCGAGAUAGCGUCUGUACGAAAAGCAUCACUCAUAUGCAUUAAAACUUGUUCAGAAUUGUCAACUUCAUUUCAGGAAUUAUUACGUCAUCUAGCCGAGCAUAAGGAUGAAAUAGAGUCCGAUUCUUCAGCGGUUAUUGAAGUGUUUGAUACGUUUUUUUCUGCUGAAAAAACUUCUGCCGGCAACAAAAGGUCUUUAAGAAAGCGUACAACAAUACUCGAUGGUCUUUUGGGACAUUAUCUAUGUUGCGAUGAUAUUCCGACAAAAGUUCGAACUGUUUUACUGAAGAGUUUGAAAAAAGUGAAAUCUCAAAACAUGUGUCUAUUACUUGUUCCAGUUAUACACAAACAGUUGGAAACGAUGAAAAAUAGAAAUUUGGAAAUGGAAAAGGAUGAUACAACCCUAGAAGAACAAGAUGAAUUUAUCUCUCCUGACGAUUCCUUUCUUUAUGAAUCGAUUCUUAAAAUUGAUGCAGAGUUUCUUGAUCAUGAAGAUAUCCAAUCUGUAUUUUUCAGACUAAUUUCAUGUGAUCAAAAAUUAUCUUUAGGGUCUGAAGUAAUGUCACCACAAUCCAUUUCUUUGGGACUUAUAAAUCGGACAUUUGCAGCUAAUCUCGGUGCAGAAGUACAACAGAAACUAUUAUCUCAUGUUCUUGAUAUUGGUUCCAAAUCAUCAAACCCUUUGACGAUAAGUUCUAUUUCAAAAGCAUUCAAAUCUAUCAGUUUAGAUGCAGAGCAUGCAGUUGAAGAGUUUUCAAAAAUACUUCAUCUAACGAAAGGAUCUUUAGAUAAUACGUCAGAAAUCAAAUCUAAAAAACUAAAAACAACAAAAAAUCUGCAAAAUUUCAAUACGGAAUUGACUUUGGAUACGCCAACGUCUGGGAUUUGGAAAAGGACGACACUUCUUCUAGAGCUUUUACAAAAUAAGAAGAAAAUAUUCAACAGCGAAAUGCUUUUCCCUUCCUUAUUUGGAUUACUAGAGUUUCUCGUUGAAGUAUCUAAAGACCAAAACGAAUCUGGGGAUGCAAUAGAAGGUUUUGAAUAUAUCAAACAACUCGUACUCACAAUGAUGUUAAAUAUCUUCCAAAAAUUAAAGUCUCGCAUCCUAAAAGAUGAUAAAAUGAAUCAUUUCAUUUCUACAGAAUGUAAAAUAGAGAUAGUUGUUCAUUGUAUUCAGUUGUCAGAAAAUUCGCAAACCCAGCAGCAGGCUUUGCUACUCUUGUCAGACGUUGCUUCAAUUUUUCCAGAUAAAGUACUUCAUAACGCUAUGUCGAUUUUCACAUUCAUGGGCUCACAUAUUAUAAAACAAGAUGAUGAAUAUUCCUUCCAAGUUUUGUCAAUGACAAUUCGUUCGAUCCUUCCCGCUUUGGUAAAAAGUGGGGAAGACAAUAAUAAUGCCAUAUUAGGAAAAGAAGAAACAGUGCUUAAAAUUAUCCGCGUUUUUGUAGACGCUUUAGUUCACAUUCCAAAUCAUAGAAAAUUGACAGUGUUUCAUGAAAUUUUGAGCACUCUCGGAGACGCUGACUAUUUGUGGGUUCUUAUUGUUCUUCUCGUCUCUCAAUUUUCUUGCAAACCAGUAGUUGCUGGAAGUACCGAUCAAGAUGACGUAACAAGUUGGGAUGUGGGGACUGAUGAUGAUGUGUCACCUUUACAAGUUGCCAUGGAAACAUGGAGUUCGAUUGUCCAAUUUUCUUCCGAUCAAGUUCAAAUUGCCAGUUUUAUAUCGUGCUUGGAUUAUAUUACGACCCUACCUAAUGAAAGCACGCCUAGUCAUCGCCGUUCUGUUCAGAGAACGAUAAAACCAGCAAUGAAAAAUGUUGAAAUUCUGAUGGUUCGUCUUUUUUCUACAAAUCAGCUUCGAAGAAUGAAAUUAACAUUGUUUGCGUUUUUUUCACAUUUCCUUGAACAAAAUAGAGAAGGGUUUGUAAAACAUUUUGCUCGAUUAGAAGAUAAAUCACAACAAGAUCAAGAAAUGACUGAUGAAUUUGAAAGAUCUGAAAAUAAUACAGAAAUAUCAUCACUAUUUCGAUACUUUUUUGAAAAACUACUCCACGUAAUUCACAUCUCAGAUUCUUCCAAUAAGUCUCUAGUAAGCAAGUCGAUUGAUUUGAAAACUGUGAAAUUCUUGAAGGUUCUCACUCAUAAAGCAUACGACGUUGUGCAUAAAAUAAACUUUCUUCUUCCGUUGCAUACUUUCUUACUUAUUAUUGAAGAGUUAUUGGGAAAUGAAUCGAUUUCAACUCAGAGAAAAGCUUUGGAAUUGCUUGCUGAGAGGAUUGGUGCUAUUGUCGAUGAAUUACCACCGAACGAAACCCUAGCGGUAAUAAAACUAGGAAAAGAAUUGGUGAACAUUUCAAAAACAAGUGACGAUGUGGAGAAAACUCAAUCUCAGGAGAAAAAUCUGCUGCGAUAUUCAUCUCUUAUUACACUCAAACUUGUCAUAAGAGUUUGUGGGAAACAGAAUCAAAUUGUGUUUACAGACAUUUUACCUGACCUGGGAAAUAUUGUGAACAAUAAACUGGAGGACAACCAGAUACUAUCAGCUACAUUUUUAUGUUUAGCGGAAUUAUGCGCCAAUCUGAAAGCGUAUUGUAUAUCUCAUUUGGGCUGUUUUGUACCUGCGUUAUUGCAAUUGACUUGUUCAACUCGAGCCCUGCAAAAUGAUAUGCUGCUCUUCUCAUGUGUAACAGUGUUACACAGAUUACUGGAAAAUCUGCAUAAUUUUGUUAGUCCCCAUCUCGAUACCAUUCUAGUGAGAGUCACAUCUCUUCUAUUAUUGAAAAAAUACAAUAUUGAAAAAGAAAAUGCUGAGAAUAAUAGCAAUAAUAACAUGACAGUACAAAUCGGUACGAGAUUGAAAAUUAUAACAAAUAUUCUUUCGACAAAAAUUUCGUCUCGUGUUUUGAUUCCCGCUAUCAACAAAUGUCGAAAGAAAAAUGAGAAAAAAAGACCGGCAUGCAUCAUUCCUUUGUGUAAAAUAAUACAAAAACAUGUCGCUUCGCUCGACAAAGAAAAAAUCAACCAAAAUUGUAUGUCGCUGAUGAAGAUUUUUAUGGAGCUUCUGGAUAUUCAUGAAGACAAUGAAAUAAAACUCAAUUAUGAUGAAACAAUAGAUAUUAAAAACCAUGUCAUCAAUGCACUUAUAGCAAUGAUGUUGAAACUCUCGGAAAAUUCAUUCAGACCUUUGUUUUUCAAGCUUUUUGACUGGGCAUGUUUGUCGGAAAACCUCCCCGAUCGUUUGCUGACUUAUUAUAUGCUGAUGUCCGAAUUAUCAUCCAAAAUGAAAGGUUUAUUUACACUUUUCGCUGGUCAUUUGAUGAACAACAUUGCAGAAACAUUGAAAAAUGUUGCGUUACUCAAUGAUUCAGAGAUUUUUCCUAUACAGGAUUCUCUCACUGGUAUAAAACGUAUUGCUUUACUGGGAUGUCUUUGCGACACUCUACAUAAUACACUAAAAUACGACACAACUGGAUUCCUGAAUCGAGAAAGAUUUGAACUUAUUCUUCAUCCUUUAGUAAACCAGCUGAACAAUGUAGCGGUUAUCAAUGAACUCAUAGAUGAAGAUCAGUUGGAUACAUUGCUGAAAAACCAUGUAAUUCCUUGUCUUGGACAAGUGGCGGCUUCUGUUACUGAUGAUAUUUGUUGGAAACCUUUCAAUUAUCAAAUAUUGUUGAAAUCAAGACAUGAAUCAUUGAAGGUCCGAUGUGCUUCGCUGAAUGCAAUACAAGUUGUUGCAGAAAAAUUAGGGGAAGAUUACAUGACUUUACUGCCGGAAUCUGUUCCAUUUUUGGCUGAAUUGAUGGAAGAUGAAGAAGAAAUUGUUGAAAAGAAAUGCCAGGAUGUUGUACGAAAUCUCGAGAAGAUUCUUGGUGAACCUCUUCAAAAAUAUUUCUAAAAUUUUCGAAAUAAAAUAUGAUUGAUGGGAGUGUGUUUAUUUGA